CAGAUUCAUGCUCAAAGAUUUAGAUUCUCAGCUGCACUCUUCGCACUGGGUUCUUGUGUUGUACGCAUGUCAGUUAAUUUAUGCUUAUAGUCGCAGUCGAUUCUGUAACCUAUAUGUUAUAUCGGGGAUAAAGGCAAGAUUUUACCGUUUCGCUUUGAGCUCGAGCUGUUCAUAACCGACGCAGAUCAAGAAGCGAGCGGAGGGUGGACUUCCAGAACCAGCCCGAACUAGCCAGCCAUGCCUUUCACUCGGGGGAAGAAACCGGCUGCCAGCGGGAACAAAGCGCUCCGGCAGAGCGCUCCAUCCACGGAGAACCAGGAAGAAGGAUCACAGGUGAAAAGGUCCUCCUCUCCUCCUCAUGGAGCUCCCAAGAAGAGGACUGCUUUUAUAGAUAUCACAAAUGCUCACAAGGUUCAGAUCAGCCUUCCAGGUAGGAAGAAAGAAACCGGGAAAAAAGCGGUCAAGAAGACGACCAUCAUCUCAGUGACGGCAAAGAAUCAAGCAAACUUGAAAAAGUCCGUGAGUUCGGAGGAGUCGACCACGGAAAGGGAAAAGACUGACACAGAGGAGGAAAAGGAGGAGGAAGCACAGAGGAGUCUGGUAGCUUCCCUUACAGAGACGGUGGAUGCUCUGGUGGCUCCUGUUAGUCAAGUUCCCGCGCACCUUCAGAGGAAACCUAUCCCGAAGGAGUUCGACAUCGACUCAGACAGCGCUGAUGACUGCUACAUGUGUCCGGAGUACGCCAAAGAUAUUUUCGACUACCUUAAAGAGAGAGAGGAGAAGUUUGUUCUCAGUAACUACAUGCUCACACACACCAGCCUCAACCCAGAGAUGAGAGCCAUUCUGGUGGACUGGCUGGUUGAAGUACAGGAGAACUUUGAGCUGUACCAUGAGACUCUUUACCUGGCUGUCAAGAUGACAGACCAUUACCUGUCAAAGGCUUCCAUCCACCGAGAGAUGCUGCAGCUGGUGGGCUCCACUGCCAUGCUCAUAGCCUCCAAAUUUGAGGAGCGUAGCCCACCCUGUGUUGAUGAUUUUCUCUAUAUUUGUGAUGAUGCAUACAAAAGGGAGGAGCUUAUUUCCAUGGAGGCCAGCAUUCUGCAGACGCUGUCAUUCGACAUCAACAUUCCCAUCCCAUAUCGGUUCCUCAGACGCUAUGCCAAGUGUGUGAGUGCCAGCAUGGAAACACUGACUCUGGCUCGCUACUAUUGUGAAAUGAGUCUGAUGGAGAUGGACCUGGUGUCAGAGAGGGGCUCCUUGCUGGCCUCAGCCUGCCUGCUGAUGGCGCUGAUUACUAAAGACCUGGGGAGCUGGUCCCCCAUCCUGCAGUUCCACUCUGGCUAUCAGGCCUCAGAGGUGGCACCAGUUGUCAGAAAGCUACAUUUGAUGCUCCAGGGUCCUGCCGAUGAUAAACUCCGGGCUGUUAGGAACAAGUACAGUCAUAAGGUAUUUUUUGAAGUUGCAACGGUGCCACUGGUGGACAUCAGCGUUUUGGAGAAAGCCUUAUCCUGCUAACAAAAAAUAUCUGCAAAAAUGUUUAACUCUCCCUUUAACUAAAAAAAAUGUACAUAGUUUUUUUAUGUCCUUGAUAUUUAUAAGUAGUCAAGUUUCCUCCAUUAUUGUAAAAUAGUUUCCAUUCAAAUGGGCAUUUAUCAUCGAGAAAUUGGCCUUUGUUUUAUAGAUUUAUAUGUUUGCAUUUUUUUAUGAGUUUUAUAAGCAAUCUCAUUCAUUUGGAAGCUUGUUCUAAAAAGAAAUGUUCGGUUCUUUAUUUUUUCUAAUAAAUGUUGUGCUGGCCUGUGUUUUUAAGUUUCCACAUGAUCUUAAAGUUUGUAGCUUUGCAUGUUUCAGACUUUGUACAGUUGAUCAUGUUUGUUAUUUGUGUAAAAGACAAGAUUGAGGCUUUGCUACUUUUUAAAUGCCUGUCACACAUAAAAUAAACAGAUAUAUCUUUUAAAUGUUUUAUAAAA